UAUACACACAUAGUUUAAAUAUUAAUAAGAUAAUAACUUUACGUUAAUUUGUAACACAUGCAUAAUGUACUUCUCCUCAUAACUUCAAUGCUUUUUAAAAUGUUUUGAGUAUAUAUAUAAUGUUAGACGAUCGUUACCGAUUAAAAAUAAAACCAUGAAUUCUGUUUACGAGCGUGCCCUUUUUGAAAUUGGACCCAAUGGUAAAUUUCAGAGGCGAUUUGAUAUAAUUUACAAUUUAGUGUUUGCGUCCUUGUGGGCAAUGGCAUAUAACAAUAUAAUAUUGGCACUUGUGAUUAUACCACACACAUGUGAAAUACCACAAAUUGACAGGAGUAAUAAUAACUCCUUUUGGAUGUCUAAAUUUAUUCCCACGUAAGUAAAUACUAACAAACAUUUUAAUUUGUUCAAAUGUAUACAUGUUUUGGUUAACUACUAAUAAAAAUAUAAUUUUUAGCACCAACGAUUCUUCUGGUAAACUUGUGUACAGCAGCUGUUUAAUAUAUACUACUUCCAAUAACACAAAUAUUACAAAAGGUAUAUUAAAUACACGUAGGUACCAAUAUAUUGUCUGAUGAAGCUUGAACGCGUAGGAACAAUAUUUUAAGUAGUUCUUUUUUGUUGUAAACCGUGUACAUAUAUUAUAAUGAUAUUUUUUUCAGGUUGUGAUGAAUAUUCUUAUAAUCAAACAUGGUAUUCGUCUACCGUUCCAUCUUCGAAUAAUUGGGUGUGUGAUGAAGAGAUAAAAGUAGCAAGUAUUUUUGCAUAUAGCAAAAUAGGAGAAGUUCUAGGAUCUAUAUUUUUUGGGUGGUUUGGUGAUAUGUGCGUAGCAUAAUGUAAUACGAGUGUAGACUAUAUUUUAAAUAUUUUCAUUUAAUAGAUAUACUCGAAAUGUAUUUAAAAAAUUAUUUUUAAAAUAUAUCUCCCAUAUAUUAAAAUAAAAUUAAUGAUCCAAAUUUCCCGCUAAAACGCUAACCUCUGUCAUGGCAUCGAUGUGACGUCACAGCCCUCUGGAACUAACAUAAACAACAAUAACAAACAUCUGUUUUACGUGUCGACGUCAUGGUCAAAUUCGACAUCUUCCUUAGAGGACUGUGACGUUACGCGUUGAUUGCAGUCACGUGACAACGAGUUUAAAAUAAGUGUCAUUUUCAUAAUUUAUUUAAAUAAAAUUAUAACUAAAAUAAGCAUGGUAGUGUGAUUGUCGGUAAUAGUAUAUUAAAUACUACGAGAAAAAAAACAACUAUUUAUUUUCGUUUAUUGUCUACACUCGUAUUUCAAAAUCAAAUGACACUAGUUUCAAUAUUAUGGUAUAUAAACGCAUAUAUAGAAUAUUUACAAAUUUUUAGAUAUGGCCGCCGUUUAACUUUUAUUGUUUCAUUAGGACUACUUAUCAUAGGCCGUAUAAUAUCCAUAGUCACUAGUCAUUCAUUUAUAUUAUUCAUCAUUGGCUGCGUUAUUGCUUGGUUUCCAUCGUGGUCUGCUGUGCAGCUGUCGAUUGUGCUAGUGCAGUGUGCUACUGUUAUAUCAAUGGAAAUAUCAGCACCAGAACGUCGAUCUUUAACUGCGACAUAUCGUGCAAUCGCCUACAGUACUGGCAUGUUCAUAAUGCCUUUCUUAUAUUGGGGGUUAAGAGAUUGGAAGCCAUUCAUGAUUAUUACUACUGUCACUCAGCUGCCAUUUUUAUUUUAUUCCUGCAAAAUAAUUGAAUCUCCAAGAUGGCUUUUAAAUAAAAACAAAAAAGAAAUGUGUGUUAAAGAGUUACAAAAAAUCGCCCGAAUUAACAACACUACACUUGAAAAAGAAACUGAAAGAGAAAUUUUAAAUUCAACAACAUUAAACGAAAAUCAAGUACUUGGACCUUUGUCUUUAUUUUCAAGCAGGAAUCUUGUAAUGAAUACCGUCUUACAACUUUAUAUUUGGUAAGUCUUUUGAUUGAGAUGGAAGGAAUUCAAAUGGAAAUAUAA